AUGGAAAAAGCAUGGAGGCCUAAUGUUGAGAUAUCUCCACCUUGCCCUCGUUGCGGUUCAUCCAACACUAAGUUCUGUUAUUACAACAACUACAGCUUGACACAGCCUAGGUACUUUUGUAAGAGUUGUAGAAGGUAUUGGACUAAAGGGGGCUCCCUCCGGAACGUGCCCGUUGGUGGUGGCUGCCGGAAAAGCAGGAGAGGGAAGUCGAUUCGCCUGUCAACCGAUGGUGUCUCCUCAAGAAGCUUGGCUUAUAGGAGUACCCCAUGCCCAAAUGGGACUUCCUUGGAUGAUUUUACAAACUCAUCGAUGGGGCCAGAUGGUCCAAACAUUGAUCUUGCAAUGGUUUAUGCCAACUUCUUGAAUCAACCACCUGAGCCAGAUACACAAGUACUUGAUCGUAUGCUUGAAUUGCCUCGGGAUAUUAAUCCAUCUUUUGAGCUUGCAAGUGCGUCUUCAAACAUUCAAAAGGAGUUCAGUACUCAUCUUCCACAAGAAAAUGGCAUUGUUGAACAUGUAACUCUUCCUGAAAGGUCCUCGGAGAUUCAAUUAAGUGACAGUGAUUCGAUAUAUUUGUUUGGGCUCAGGUCAAUUCAGAAUGAACAAGAGACAAUUCAGCAGUUUUUAAGUACUAAUCAGAUGAACUAUUCUGGGUUCCCAUCAUUGCCAGGUGAAGAGAUAGCCUCUGAAGAGAUUAUGUGGUCAAAUUCACAUAUCAUGGUUCAGAACCAUAUGUUCCACGCAACACAACCACCAGGGAAUGAACCAGAAGUUUCCAAACAAAACCUAUUAAUUGACAGCAGGAGCCCAUUUGAUUUUCCUAGCUGCGGAACUUUUUUCAGGCCCUGA